AUGGAGCUAAUUUCGCGGACCUGUAAAGUGGAAUGUGGCUGGUUCCUGGGAGUUGACCCAACCUCCGAUCGGAAUUAUCAACAGAAAACAUAUCCUGAUGAACAGGCAAGGCAGAAUAUAAAAAAUCAGACUUUCGAAGAGAACUACAGGCCAGCAAUUGCUAAACAGCCAGUACAGACCGAAGAGGAAGAUAACAUAAAUAUUGCUUAUAUACCAGAAGAUAGUCAUGAGGACUGGCAAUUAAGGAACAAUGGCUCGGUAAACCACAUUCAAACUAUAUCUUUACCUACUGAACCUUCUCAAUCCAUCACAGAAAAUGAAGAACCAACUAUUGAAGAAUAUGAGUAUCCAAAAUUGGAAACAACACAGAAUCAUAAGAAGAUCCAAGCCUUAGUAAAUUCAGGCUAUAAAACAGUCAGUUUAAGCCAGGAAGCCCGUAAAAUAGAGUUGGAGCCCACUGGACUAGAGAAGCUGCCAGUACCUAACACUGUUGCAGAGACGACUACUAGAUGGUCUAAGCCUAUGAGGGAGAAAAUAACUACGGAUGAGAUUCUACCUAACCACGCCAUCAACGACGAAGGCAGAAUAAUCCAAGAAGAACUAGAAGACCCUAGAAGCUAUCUCCGCGGUAAAGUCAAAAUAAAAUGA